GUUUUUCAACUAGUUUUCAAAAUAAAAAGAAAGAAAAGGAAAAACCUAAUUUCGACGAUUUCCUUUCAAAAGCCCUAACCCCCUUCGUUCAUUCCUUGUCUUAUUUUCUUUGUUCUCUUUGUCUCCCACUCCGCCGAUGUCCGAUGCUCCGCCGCCCCCCAUUUCCCUUAUCUGUUCUCCCAUAGCUUCAUUCUCUUGUGAGGCAUUUGUGGUUUCUCCCAUUCUUCUUCUCAACAAGGUACCAACACCUCACUCUUCCUUCUCUCUUCUCUCACACCUUCAUCCUCUGUAGUUUCUCCCAUUCUUCUUCUCAACAAGGAACCAACAGGUCUGGUUUCCUUCUCCUCCCAGUUCUUUCAGUAAUGUCUAACUUGUUUUGCAGAAUCCUUCUACUUAGAUCUCCAUCCUCUGUAUUUUCUCACGGAUUUUCCGAAAGUCCGUUUAAAUCUCUCAGAUACUUAUCCACCUCUUCUGAGAUUGCAUCAUCUCCGAAGUCUGCUUCGUUGGCUUCUAAUGCUGUUCGGCUCGAGAAUAGUCGGAAGGAUGUAAUUGCGUUACUUGCGAAUCAUGGAUUCUCUGAAUCACAAAUCUCUGCCCUUGCCAAGAGGUUUCCUCCAAUUCUUUCUGCGAAGCCCGAGAAAACCCUAUUGCCCAAAUUGUUAUUUUUUCAAUCUAAAGGUUUUUCUUCCCCAGAGAUUGCCAGAUUAGUAUGUGCCUUUCCUCGUAUUUUAACGAGAAGUUUAGACAAACGAAUUAUUCCUUCCUUUGACUACAUUCAAGCCGUGCUUGGAAGUGAGGAGAAGACUUUUGCUGCCAUAAAACACUAUCCAGAUAUUCUCGGUUUGGAUCUUCGAAAUUCAGUUGGUCCCAAUAUUGAAAUUUUGAAACAAAUUGGAGUGCUGGAAUCAAAUAUUUUAACUUUUCUUCAGUACCAGCCUCGAACGUUCUUGAUAAAUUCCAUCCGAUUCAAGGAGAUUGUAGAGAGAGUUACGGAAAUGGGAUUCGACCCUCAACGAUUGCAGUUUGUUGUUGCUGUUUUUGCUCUGCGAUCAAUGACCAAAUCUACAUGGGAUAAGAAGGUUGAAGUUUAUCGGAAAUGGGGAUUGUCUGAAGAAGAUAUCCGUUUAGCUUUUAGAAAGAAUCCAUGGUGUAUGACAUUUUCUGAGGAUAAGAUUGAUGGUGCAAUGGAUUUUUUUGUCAAUAAAAUGGAAUGCGAAUCAUCUUUCGCUGCUAGGAGACCAAUUUUACUUGCACUUAGUUUGAAGAAGAGGCUUUUGCCUAGAGGCCAUGUUUAUCAAGUUUUGCUGUCAAAGGGUUUGAUUAAGAAGUACGCCAAUUUUUCUUUGUUUUUUAAGUCUUCUGAAAACUGUUUCAUAGAAAAAAUGAUCAACCCUCACAAGGAGCAGGUUCCUGGAUUGUUGGAGUUGUAUAAACAGAAAUUAACGGAUUCUAAAGAUGAACAGCAUUGGAACCUGCAAGCCGAUGAAACAUUGAUGAAGGUUGUUUGUUUCUAUUCUACCACGUUGCUUCACAAAUGUACCAAAGCAAAACUCACCCUCUUUUAAGAUAUCCCAGCAAAGUUCUUAAUGAUGAAGACCAACACACACAGAAGAGAAGAAAUGAAAUGAGAUUAUUGAACUUAUAAACUCAGGCAACCAUUUGAUCUCUGGUUCUAAAGCUGAGUUGAUGUCUAUUAGUAUUAUCCUCAUAAAAACCAUACUCACACCCAGUUGAUGAUUAAGGCAAUAGCCAUGCAUUAAAAUGAGAAUGAAGAACAAACAGAGAUAUUGUUAUACAUCGAAAGACUUACAUGUAUCA